UUCCCCCCUAUCAUCUGGGCCAAAUUGUGCCCCGUCCCACGCUCGCUGAGGGAGGCGAGAUGAAGAGGACAGUUGACAGCGCGAUUCGAAGCGUGAAGACGGUUGCGGAGUGCCCUCGCCUCACCAAGUUUUCUCUUCACGCUCCCAAAAUUGUAGAGGUGGAAUUUGACAACGGCAGUGCUUAUAAUCUGCCCGCUGAAUACUUGAGGAUAUAUAGCCCAGCAGUCGAUAGUAAGAUUAGAUCAAUCAGAGGUGAAAAGGUUAUAUCUGGGAGGCGUCAUGUGGGAAUCAUGUCAGCAGAACCUGUGGGGAACUAUGGGGUGAGAUUACUUUUUGACGACUUGCAUAAAACAGGGAUUUUUACGUGGGAUUACUUCUAUCAUCUUGGUAGCAAUAAGUUUUCUCUCAUGAGAAAUUACAUCCAAACUCUAAAGAAACAUGGACUGAGUAGGGAUCCACCACGGAAGAAGUGAUUUUUAGUCUUCAAGUUGUUGAGUUGCAUGCUGUUAAGGGAAUGAAUAUGCACUGAGGCUGUAGAUGUACUGGACAUGUUCCAGUUCACAUGAUAAAAAUGUAACAAAUGACCUGUUUUGAUACAGAAGGGGGUUUUGAGUUAUUUCCUUCAUUCAUUCUCAAGUUUAUCUUUUGUAAACAGGUUUGUAGUUGAAGUACCAAUUUUAUAUACAAAUUUAUUUAACAUAUUUA